CGAUAGAAAUUUAGUUGUUUGUAAAGGACUUUAAAUAAUAAAAAUAAACGAAAAUCGAGUAGUUUCGUGCUUAAUUUUGCACUUUCGCGUUAAUUUAGGGCUCAAAAUUGCUGCAUUUAGCGUCUUUUUGGAUGAAACGCCUCGAAUAGUUGUAAAAAUUAUUGAAAUUUUUCGUAUCCAAAGCUUGUUUGGGACAACAGGUGAUGAAAAAUCAUUCGACGUCUUUCAAUUUUUAAGGGAAAACUUCUGCACCGUCACUUUUUUGCACGAAAAUCCGGAUUUAAGUAGCUAGAAUGGCUUUGGACUUUGCUGCGACUUACAAAAUUCUCGUUUUGGGUGAUUCGAAUGUUGGAAAAACCUGCAUUGUUCAUCGAUAUUGCGACGAGCGUUAUUACGACACGUACAUUAGCACAAUAGGGAUUGAUUUUAAACAAAAGUUGAUUAAUUUGGAUGGCGUGCCUAUCAAAUUGCAAAUUUGGGAUACAGCGGGUCAGGAACGCUUCCGAACCCUCACAACCGCCUAUUAUCGCGGCGCCAUGGGCAUCCUCCUGAUGUAUGACGUCACCUCGUUGGAGUCAUUCAACAAUCUCAGCUACUGGCUGCGAAAUAUUCAAGAGAACGCGUCGCCGGAUGUAGUUAAAGUGCUUGUAGGAAAUAAGUGUGAAUGUGUGCCGCCGCAGAGGGCAGUCGACAAAGAUCGCGGCGUCAAAAUUGCCGAAAACUUCGAUAUGCCGUUCUUUGAGGUCUCGUGCAAGCACAAUAUCAACAUUGAGGAGUCAUUUUUGUCGCUGGCACGCAGCAUCAGGGAACAACGAGAGCAUCGUGGCGAGGGAAAUGGCGACGAUGCGAAUCGACAAAAGACGGAGCAACGAACAAAUAGCCUGGGACCAUUCUCGUUGGGAGGCAGCUCGACGGGGGGUCGAUGUUCGUGCUAAUUUGCAUCGUUUCGCAAAUUUUUUUUACGUUUUUCAAUGGAAGACUGUUACCCAAAUUUAUUUUUUUCCACGAACU